GCCACCCCCCGCCAUAAAAGCGGGGGUGCAGCAGCCACCCCGCAGCCCGGGAGCCCCCAGACCCAGCAUGAGCAGCCUGCAGGAGGGCCCCGACUCCUCCGAGGAGCCCAAACCCGGCAAGGCCAAGACCGAGCUCCGCAACUACACCGAGGGGAAGCUGAUCGACCGCGUGUACAACACCUACCUGCUCAUGCACACCCACCAGACCGUGGAGUUCGUCCGCAGGAAGAGCGCCCAGUACGGCUCCUGCUCGCUGCGGAAGAUGAGCGUGAUGGAAGCGCUGGAGCUGCUGGACCAGCUCGUGGACGAGUCGGACCCCGACGUGGAUUUCCCCAACUCCUUCCACGCCUUCCAGACGGCCGAGGGGAUCCGCCGGGCGCACCCCGACAAAGACUGGUUCCACCUCGUGGGGCUCCUGCACGACCUGGGCAAGGUGCUGGUGCUGUUCGGGGAGCCCCAGUGGGCCGUGGUCGGGGACACCUUCCCGGUGGGCUGCAAGGUGCAGAAGUCGGUGGUCUACGGGGACUCCACCUUCCACGACAACCCCGACACCAAAGACCCCCGGUACAGCACCGAGUACGGGAUGUACCAGCCCGGCUGUGGCCUGGACAACGUCCUCAUGUCCUGGGGCCACGAUGAGUACAUGUACCAAGUGAUGAAGUUCAACAACUUCGCCCUGCCCAAGGAGGCCUUCUACAUGAUUCGCUUCCACUCCUUCUACCCCUGGCACGCCCACGGCGACUACGGGCACCUGUGCUCGGAGGAGGAUCGCCGCAUGCUGCCCUGGCUCCGAGAGCUCAACAAGUUCGACCUGUACACCAAGCAGGAGGAGCUGCCCGACGUGCAGCAGCUCCGCACUUACUACCAGGGCCUCAUCGACAAAUACUGCCCGGGGCAGCUCUGCUGGUGACCCUGCACCCCGCGGGGGGACCCCGAACCCUGCCGGGCCCCCCGAACCCCGCCGGGCCCCCCGCAGCACCCCGGGCCCCGUCCUGGGGCUCUACAAUAAACCUGCUCCUGUCGCA